AUGUACUUCUCCGGCAACGUCUCAUACUCUUCCCUCCCCGUCUUCCUCCCUACCAUCCUCAAAGCCAUGGGUUUCACAGCUAUAAAUUCCCAAGGUCUAACAGCGCCACCCUAUUUCAUCGCCUUCCUUCUCGUCAUCCUCAUCAUGCGUAUCUCUGAUAAAACCCAACAACGGGGCAUCCUAAUCAUUAUCCUGUCUCUCAUCGCCUUCACUGGUUACGCCAUGCUAGCAUCGACUAAAGUCGUUGCCGUACGCUACACGGGUGUGUUUCUUGCCGCGGCCGGUGUCUUCCCUGCACUCGGUAACGUUUUGGUUUGGACGCUGAACAACCAGGGCAGCGAUACUAGACGUGGGAUGGGCAUUGUAAUACUGAACUAUAUCGGACAGUGUGGCCCAAUACUGGGAACGAGAUUGUUUCCCGAGGGUGAUAGACCGUAUUAUAGCAAGGGACUGUGGAUUUGCGCUGCGUUUAUGCUGUUCAAUGCGUUUUUGGCAGCUACGUUGCGAUGUUUGUUGUUCUGGGAGAAUCGGAAACUUGAUGAGAAAUAUGGAAAGAGGGAUGGGAGCGUGGAGACGAGAGUUGGAGAGGAGAAUGAUGGACCUAGGUUUCGAUACGUACUAUGA